AUGUCCAACCAAACAGCUACCAGCGAAGCUGCUAACAAAUGUCGAACCGCCGCUGUACUACGCAAAGUCAGCGCCGUUACGCAACGGCCCGAACCGAAGAAGUACCCAACGAUUGCUUCUAUCCCUCGUACAUCGACCGAAAGACUAGCGCAAGCUUCUGAAGACUAUCUCGCCAAUCGCGACAAUCCAUCGCCAAAGACCUACCUCUAUCUUGCAUAUGGAUCCAACCUUGCAGCUGAGACGUUCCUGGGCGUGCGUGGAAUUCGUCCGCUUUCACAAGUAAACGUUUCAGUACCUACGUUGGAACUCAGAUUUAAUCUUCCUGGAAUUCCUUAUCGAGAGCCAUGCUUUGCGAAUGUCGAUUACAGAAAGCUUCCUGAGAAGCCAAAGCUGCCUCCCAAGGUACCGGUUCCACCUUUCGACCCACCGCAACCACCACACGCGGAGUCGAUGAAGUGGGAUGAAGGUCUCAUGGGUGUUGUUUACGAAGUGACGGAGGAAGAUUACGGCACCAUCAUUCGCACUGAGGGUGCUGGAGCGGGUUACAAGGAGAUCGUCGUGCCCUGCAUCCCCUUGCCUCCAAAGGUCUCCAUCCCUGAGAAGCCAUACCCGGAAAUUCCCAGACCAUUCAUGUCCAGGACACUCUUUGCACCACAGAUUCCCGACAAAGACUUGCCAGAUGAUCCUCGCAAGAAGCACUGGUGGUACCGAUUUUUGGUUGGCCCCCAACGUGAGCCUGGUUACGCACAAGCUAGUGCUCGUUACCUGAAUCUCAUCAAAGACGGUGCCAAGGAACACGAACUCCCCGAAGACUACCAGCGUUGGCUGCAUUCGCUACAGCCAUACACCAUAACAACUUUGCGACAGAGAAUCGGAGCGUUCCUGUUUCUCUUCUCCAGCGGCCUCUUCUUUCUCAUUGUUGUCACGCUGUCCAAGAUAUUUGCUGACAAGCAUGGUAAAGCACCUCGCUGGUUGGUAGUUACCAUGACCGUGAUGUUCAAUGUUACCUGGAUGGUCUAUGACAAUGCUUACAAGCCGGUAUUUGGAGAUGGUGAGAGAACUGAACAGAAGGAUACAAGAAAAUUGUCUACGCGGGUCCGGUCCAUGUCUGGUGGAAUGCUUGAUCUCCAUCCAUUUGCAGAUGAGGAGAAGGCAGCAUUGUUAAAUGAUGUCAAAUGA